UCCAAAAUGGCGAACCGCACGGUGUCUGAUGCGAAAACCGUCAAAGGAACUAAUCCACAGUAUCUUAUCGAGAAAAUAGUUCGUUCACGUAUUUAUGAGAAUAAAUAUUGGAAGGAGCAAUGUUUUGCGCUUUCAGCUGAAUUGUUGGUGGACAAGGCUAUGGAGUUGGAUCAUGUUGGUGGUACAUUUGGUGGGAAUAUUAAACCAACACCAUUUCUGUGUUUGGUGUUAAAAAUGCUACAAAUUCAGCCAGAAAAGGAAAUUGUUGUGGAGUUUAUCAAAAAUGAAGAUUACAAGUAUGUACGAGCACUAGGGGCCAUAUACAUGAGACUUGUAGGGACGUCACUUGAUUGCUACAAUUACCUGGAACCUUUGUACAAUGACUACAGAAAGAUCAGAAGGAAAAACAAGAUGGGCAAAAUGGAGCUUUCCCACAUGGAUGAGUUCAUUGAUGAAUUACUCAGAGAGGACAGGGCAUGUGAUGUUAUUCUGCCUCGCAUUCAGAAACGCCAAGUGUUGGAAAACACCAAUCAACUUGAACCAAGGCGUAGCCUUCUUGAUGAUGAUUUGGAAGAUGUUGAAUCAGAGUCAGAUGAGGAAGAAGAACGACAGUCUCCGCGUCGCCGAAGCAGAAGUCGGAGUCAUUCGCCAAGGCGUUCGCAUCGCGAUCACGACAGGAACCGAAAACGCAGCCGAUCACCUGCACAUCACAGACGAAGUCGAUCCAGAUCCCCUCGCCGUCGGCGCCGGAGUGCUUCACCUCAUAGAAGACGUGGACACAGAAGUCGUAGUCGAUCACCUCAUCGUCGCCAUUCAAGGUCACGCUCUCGCUCACGAUCGCCACAUCGUCGGCGUCACCGAUCCAAGUCUCGAUCAAAAUCACCGGAGAAGUCGUCAUCCAAGAAGUCAAAGAAAUCAGAGAAAUCCGACAAAUCGGACAAGAAAAAGGAUAAAGAUUAUGAGGGAGCAGGGAUGAGCAAAGAAGAGUUAGAAAUCAAAGAAGCAAACGAACUCAGAGCCAAGCUUGGACUCAAACCGCUCAAGCCUUGAAAGACUUUUAUUUGUGUACAUGUUAAAUUUAUCCACCAAAGGCUCCCUCGUCACUACGCCUAAGUACCCUGUAGACUCCAGGCCUCUGUGACCUCGUUUUCAUGCUAUUCUCACCAGGCCUCGCGCUACGCCCGCCAUUAUGAAAGUUGUGCAUGUCUGAUUUUCCUUUGCAUCUUUAUCUUGAUCGGUAGGAUUUUGUGCUUGUGUGAAUAGUUAGGUUUUCCUCCGCGGCAAACUGAUCGUCAGGUGGCCAACUAAAAAGAUGACUGAUGAGAGGCCUUUUCGACUAGAUUUAAAUGUAUAAUCACGGGAGAGAUGACAUUUAUUUUCCAAUCAGUUUCACCUAUAGAAAUAUUUGAUUUACACCAAGCAUGAGAAGUUGUCAGUGCCUGAUUCAAACUUAGACUUAGUCACAUGUUAUAAGUUUAAACGAUCCGGAAGCUUUUGAGAGAAGCGCCUGAUGGAAAGCGCCCCUUGAUGCGAUUCUACGCUGGACGUUGAGCCUUUAGAAUUCCCAUUUCCUAUCUGCCUUAGGACCACGCAUGGACUCAAUUGAAAGUCCAGUUGUUGGAAACCGCACGAUGCAUUAAUUAUUCUUAAUUUGACUGACAUUUAUAAGUGAUUUCGUUUAUCUCUACAUAACCAAACUAACAUGUAUGCAGCACGUGCUUUAUCCCCCCAUAUAUGGCACUGUUCCACGUGCUUACAACGGGACGUUCAAUGGUGUGUUGUUUUUUUUUUAAUAAAACGAGAGUUGUGAGUGGGAGUCAACCGAAGCGUUGUAAUAGAAUCGCUAAAUCAAGUGAAUAAACCGUGACUUAAUAAGGAAACGUGGUACAUUCUUUCACGUUUUCGACAUAGUCAGUCCUUUCUUCUUUUAAUGUGUAACUCUGACCUCGCAGCUAAAUCCAAAUUUUCAAGGUAAACAAUUGUGGAAUCAGCUAAGUCCUAACACAGUUUAUUUGAUUGUUUGCGUUCUGCUCUAACAACAAGUACCUUUUACUGCCUUUG